AACACUCACCUGAAGGUACGCACUGUAUCCGUAGCCUACCAUUUUCGGGAUUUUAGCAGCAUAGAUGGCGGCUUCAAACAAGCAGUUAACGUCGUUUUUCAUAGAGGACAUUCUAUCCUUAAACGACGACAAAAGAGAAGACUCCUGUAGCAGUUCAUGCAAAUCUGAGAGUAGCAGAGGAGAAAGCGACAGCCCUGACAGACGACCAGAUUCAGCUGACAUCACGGUUUGUCGGGGCGCUGAAGAUAAAGCAACGUCGUUGACGGAGUUGACAGGCGGCGGCGGGAAAAAGAAGCGCUCUCGCGCUGCCUUCACGCACCUACAGGUGUUGGAGCUUGAGAAGAAGUUCAGCCGUCAGCGGUACCUGAGCGCGCCGGAGCGCGCGAACCUCGCGAGCGCGCUGCACCUCACAGAGACUCAGGUCAAAAUCUGGUUCCAGAACCGGAGGUAUAAAACAAAACGUAGGCAAUUAACGACAGAGCACGACAAGGACUACUUUCAUAAAUCAGACGGAAACCAUUUGGUUGCUACGGAGGAAGCCUUUCUCAGAGCGUCACUUUUAGCGACAGUUUAUAAAUCAUAUCCAUAUCGGCCCUAUGUGUAUGACUUACACGGUCUGAGUGUAUGGAGACCGGCACUCUGAUGACAGGGACAUUAACCUGGACUUUUUGAAUGUUCACAGAUUAUUGUGCAUACAUUUAUUCUUAUUUGUGGUCAUUUUUUAAUUGAUAUUGUAUAGCUUUGUAUUCUGUGUAAUAAAAGUAUAUUUUUGAAAGGUGCACAAGUAUUGUAAGCAUUGAGUGUGAGUGUGGUUAUAGCCCCAUCUACUAUACACUUUUACAAGUGAAAAGUGGGUCAUUUUGGUGGUUGGGGUUAGUCUGCUUUUCUGAAAACAUUGUAAGUUUAAAUGUGAAAUGAUUCUAGAUGCUGUAUAAACACAAAACACAUGUUUCUAUUGCCUCUCUUAGUUAAGAAUAA